AUGGAUUCUUGGCUCAACAUAGUACUGAUGUGUGGACUCUUAAUAGUAACUCUUCAGGGAACCAAUGGAUCAAGACUUCGUCAGUCCAAAAAUGAGCACCAACAGCUGAUGACAAAUAUCCACCAUCUGCAAGAGCACUAUAACACACUCGGAACAGAAUGGGUUGGAAAGUCCGUUUUUGCUUCCCAUUUGGACCAGCUGAAAUCCAGGGGCUCUUGCACUUGUCAGACGGUGUUACUCGAUGGAAUGCUGAAAAUCAACGAAGAAAUCUUUACAGACAUGUGGAACAAGUCUGAGAACAAAGAAGUUAAAACUCUUCUAGCAUCUGUAAGAAAGAUGGUACAAGACUUGAGGGAUAAGUACAGUGAAGAACAGAAAGUAUGGAGGGAACUUCAGGACAUUCACUCAAUCAAGGUGAAGAAUAGUACAAUCCACGGAGGAGCACUCAAUGACUUUCUCAUGGUGAUUAAACAGGCCCACAAAGAAAAACAUCACAAGAGCCAAUGA